UCAAAAUGGGUCAGGCCGCCCGACGGGGGCUUUUCGGAAGACGACAGAAUUCAUCCGAGAUCAAGACUCUCUUCGGCCAGUCCUGGCCGGUACAAGGGGACUAAUUAUGAGCAGACUGAGGGAUUGGUUGUACUUGAGUACUUUUCGCUGGAAAAUGAAAAAAAAUGGUUAAAGAAUGGAUUCGUAGGAAUUCCGGUGAGAAGUGAUCUUGAAUUUGCAGUUCAAGCCCCUUAUCUUCUCUACUGCGAUUCGAAAGCAACCAAUUUUAGGUUGUGUCGGUUUGGAGAGUUUGAGGAAUCAUGGGACAUCAAAUUGACAGAAAAUGAAAUUAAUGAAGUAUCAAAGGCCUCGUUUUAUGGGGCAGUUAUUAUGGACGGUCCCGUUAUUGUCCUUGUAUAUAAGGAUUAUGUGAGAUUCUCUGAAGAAGAAUUUGAGCCAUUCGAAGAAAAUAACGUUCAUAUAUUUUUGCAGAGACCGUCAUCACAAACCGAAGCUAAAUAUUCUUUAAACCUUCCAGCUCAUUGCAUUUAUGGAUUCUGGCAGGGUCAACUGGAUGAGGAUUUAUUUCAAAAUGUAGAAAAUCUGUAUGGAAUUGUAAAAGUGAUAUAUCGUCCCUUGUACGAGGCUAAUAUUAGAAUAGCCAGUUUUCAUGAAAACUUUUCACCAUUAGAACGAAGUUUCGUGUCAAAAAUCCCCGGAUUCUACGCGAGAAUGACAACAUGUAUAAUGAAAUCCCGCGGACAGGACCUCGUGUGGAUAGGAACCGAACAAAAUCAAGUUCUAUGUUUCAAGGAUGAUGACGCAAAACCAAAGUGGGGCACCUUUAUUAGUGGAACGUCUUUGUUAAUGACGGAGGUUCUACUAGAUAAACGCAAUGCGGGCUUUGAAUCCACGUUGAUUGUUCAGACCACAGAUGGGAGACGUGUCAUCAUGGAUUCCGAAAGCGGAAAAGUCUUACAUGAAAUUCAGGCAGGGUUUGACAUCGUUACCGGAGAGUUUUUACUUCAGGGGUUUGACGAUAUUGUUAGGCUGCCUAAUUCUUCCAGAUGCGAUCCGUCUCAUUGGGAACUGAUUGAUGUUGGAGAGUUUAGGGUGAAUGCCAUGUCCACUGCUGAGACCUACGAUGAGAUACAAAUUACGGAUUCUACCCAUAUGAGUUCACUCCUCGAUUCGCUCAGUACAAGAGUUAACGAUGGGAUAGCCCAAAUUAGAGAGAUUGAAGAAACGCUAAACCAAAAAUAUGAUCUCUUGUUUCAUUGUGAUUCAUUGCUUGAAAGCUUCAGCAAUAUAUUCGUGUCUAAUCAUCUACAGCAAUCUUUUUUAACUAAGCGAAAUUUGCGUACAAAUCGAUCUAUCGAAAACCUGAUACCAUUACUUUCUGACACACCAGUGAUAUCAAAUGAAGAUGUUGACGAUCGGCCACCGAAGGAUCGAAAUGAGCUUCAAAUUCUGGAUGCAAAAAUGAUUUACGGAGGUAUAAACAAUUAUGAUAAAGUUUUUUUAGACAUUUCGGUUAUAAAUAACAGCUGCAAGGAUCUACAUUCCAUUCACCUGGUGGCUUACCCUAAGAAUUCCUCUGUUUCUUCAUCAAUGAUAAGGGUACAUUCUCCUUACAUUAAUGUACUUGCUGCCGGUCAAAAAGAUAAUAUAUCUAUUUUGAUCGAUUUGCCGCUUGAUCAUCUUUUAUACGGUUUAGAGCUUGGUGUGAUUUUGUGGUAUCAAAUAAUUGAUAAUUCAACCUUAGAUAAGAAAUAUGAUGAGAUUGGGUGGCACUCGAUAUAUAUCGAAAAGAUUCGAUCACCUAACACGAUGAAAAAUGAUUUAGACAAAUUUCUUCCGUCCGCGACAUAUUUUAUGUUCAACAACUCGAUUUCUUUACAUAAACAAUGGGACCUAACUAUGCUCCCGUUUAUAUUAGAACAGUAUUUGGGAGUUGAAUCCAGUUUCUUGAAUAAUGCAUCUCAUGAAUUUCGCACGACGGAUGGGUCUUGUUGGUUAAGAUUAUUUCGACCUUAUAAAUGCCCAAGUCCUGAUACCUGUGAAAAUGAAAUAUCAAUUAAUAUUACGCGCCAAUUGAUGGAAAUCCGUAGUCAUGAUGAUAAGAAUUUGACAUUUAUGACGAAGAUUUUGUGCAGAGAAUUAUCUGGAGAUAUCCUUAUAAUACGACUCGUAGUUUCUGUGCCGUCACCGCUAUUUUAUUCCGAGCUAAGCGUUUAUGAUGGCCUUGAUGAUUUUUUUUUUGCCGUAGAAGAUUUGCUGAAAACUGACUGCCUAGCGUCACAACACGAUGUAGUCAUGGAUAGGAGCAUUAAGAGAUUGUUAUGUGCGAAAUUGGCUAAUUGGUUAUUUGCCUUGUGA